GCCUACACAGGGAAGCAGGAAGUGAAGUUGUUCAGCUGGUGCCAGUAAACACACAGGCACCAUGAUUCAAGGCGUCAGUCCUGUUGUUCAGGCCCUGCUGGGGACCCUCCUCACCUGGGGUCUCACUGCAGCUGGAGCCUCUCUGGUGUUCAUCUUCUCCAGCAGUCAGAAGCGUAUCCUGGAUGGCAGCUUGGGAUUCGCAGCAGGGGUGAUGCUGGCGGCUUCCUAUUGGUCUCUUCUGGCUCCUGCGAUUGAGAUGGCAGAGGAAUCUGGAAGAUAUGGGGACUUUGCAUUCUUCCCUGUUGCUGUUGGUUUCGCUCUUGGAUCUCUGUUUGUUUACUUUGCAGACCUAAUGAUGUCUGUUCUGGGUGUUGGGAUGGACCCCCACAUGGCUCUUGCACUGCCGUCUGAUGUCAAAAUGGCUAAAGAAAAGAAGAAGAACUCUAUGGCCGGGCUGGAGCAGGAAGAUCUGUCCAUCAGGAUAGGUAGAACAGGAGUUCACUCAGAUAAAAUAGAGAAUGGUGAGGUGCACCAGAGACGCAGAGGACCAAACACUGGCCAUACGGAGGGACAGGAAGUGAACACUAAACCACAGGAGCAGACUGCUCAGACCUCAGGCAGCUGGAGACGGAUCGUUCUUCUAAUUCUAGCCAUCACCAUACACAACAUUCCUGAGGGCUUGGCAGUUGGAGUUGGCUUUGGAGCAGUCGGAAAAACUCCGUCAGCCACGUUUGAAAGUGCCAGAAACUUGGCUAUAGGCAUUGGCAUUCAAAAUUUCCCAGAAGGCCUUGCAGUGAGUCUUCCUUUGAGAGGUUCUGGGGUGUCCACAUGGCGAUCCUUCUGGUAUGGACAGCUGAGUGGCAUGGUGGAGCCUAUAGCUGGGUUGUUAGGGGCUGUUGCCGUGGUGCUGGCGGAGCCGUUGCUACCCUACGCUCUCGCCUUUGCCGCAGGAGCAAUGGUGUAUGUAGUGGUCGAUGACAUCAUUCCUGAAGCGCAAGUCAAUGGGAAUGGUAAAUUGGCCUCCUGGACAUCCAUUAUUGGCUUCAUCGUGAUGAUGUCACUGGAUGUGGGACUUGGUUGAGCCUUCUAUUGGUUGAAAUAUUGUACAACAUCAAGAAUGUCAGGUGACUUCACUUGACCUAAGAGGCCUUUUUUCAUAGUGUAAGGUUUAAUUGCAGGAGUAUUUUUAUAGGAAUUGUACUGUAUGUACAUUUGUGUUAUUUUUAUUUGUUUUAAAUCUGAUUUAAGGAUUUGAAGACGGGGCAAAAAUUUGAUUGCAAAAUGACAUUACUUGAAAAAAUAAUACUUGAAUGAAACGGUGUAGGAUGGUUUUUAUGUAGUAUCACGUUUGUUUACAUGAGUAGACCAAUAGCCUAUGUGUGACGUUAACUCAGCUCAACGGCUUAUCAUCAGUAAUAUGGGACCAUAUGUUCUUGAAAUUGUUGUGCACUUAACUGGAAAAUAAAAAAAUUCCAGGUUUGAUUAAUUAAUUAAUUUACAGCGUCAAUCAUUCAUUUUGAUUCAAUAGAGCCAUUAUUGUUAAGCCAGUCUCUUGUUGUAAUAACUGAAUUUCAUCACCUGGUAAAUCCUUCUCUCCAUCUGUUUCAUACAGUACUUGCAUUUGAAUCACAAGUUAUUAAAUCAAAUAAAGUUUCAUUUUCUGUAAGAGUGUAAAAUAUUCUUUGUAAUUGCUGUAAUAAAAUUUGCAAUAUAAAAACUCA